AUGGCGACCGCAUCCUCCCUCCGCGCACCACCUCAAAAAUGGUCUCUGAAUGACCUCAGUUCCGAGCUGUUAGCUCUGAUUCUUGAGCAGCUUCGAGAAAUUGAUGAGCGUGCUGUUGCUGCCACCCGCUGCUUAUCGAGACGCUUCGAGGCGAUUGCGACUCCCGUCACCUACCAGACCCUGUGUCUCAACGAGCGCAUCGUAGCACCCGACGCCGAGUCGCGCUACCCUAACUUAUUGCGCAAUGUUUCUGUCUUUACCAACCAUGUGGUUGUGCGAAGCGACUUGGAUCCUGAUGGCAUUAGAAAAGUGCUGGACAGGGUUCAACGAUUAAAGACUGUGCGGUGGCAUUACGUGGAUGCCGAGUUCAGGUUAGGAAGACUCUGGCUUCCAUCGGAUGUGCUGAACCCUCAGCAAACUCGAUUCAAUGGCACCGAGUUAUUUGUCGAGGAUCUUCCGCUUCGAGAAUUCGAGGGGCAGCUACGAGACACCUACGUACGAGCGAUUCCAACGGACCUACUGGUCUCCCUUAAAUUAGCCAGUCCAGCACCGCCGCUUACCACCCGAUUGAACUCUUUGAAACAGCUUCUUUUGUUGUCUCGACGUCUCAGGACUUUUUACUACGAAGACAGAGGGCAAGGCACAAAUUUCAAAUUUGCCAAAGGCGAGCGGAUGCCUCCAUUGAGGGACCUUGUCCUCAAGUCGUAUGACUGGAACCAUUCCAAGGAGGAAACGCAGGCAUCCUGGGACUUUACCCAUCUCGAAUCUCUAGAUUUGAUAUCCGUCCCAAUCUUCAACUUUCUAUCGUCUGUCGACUUUACUCAUCUGACGGGUCUACACCGACUACAUUGCGAAGACUUCAGCGCUCAUCUCGUCGAUAAACGACAGGAGGCAACAGGCGGCAUGUACCUGCUGGUGGCCAACCACAUUCGGGCGUUGCAAACUCUGAGCAUAACGUGUCAUAUCCAGUUAUUUCCUUUGGACGGCAUUUUGAGACACGGUGCUUCGCUACAGGUACUUCGGUUUCGGGAUCAUGUGGGUUUUGGCGAGGAGGACAGACGGUGCCCAACUCUGUGGGCCGAGGACAUUGCGACUUUGGCGCAAGGGCUGCCGUACGUUCAUACACUUGAGAUAGACAUGGACGUGGCACUGUGCGACCCGCCUGAAUUCCUCCGUGCCAUCUGCAGCUUCCGCAGCCUGCAAACACUUACACUUCAUGUCCAGACUGUCCUUCACCCAUUGGAGGUCGUCCACCCUGGCAUGGAUCGCGACUACGACGCCGCUGUCCGCACUUUCCAAUUCCUACUACGCGAAAAACAGCUUGCCAACCCCGAGUUACCUUGGAAACAAAUUAUCAUCAAUGUCGGUGGCUGGCGGAAAGUCAUGGUCCGCCGGUUCAGCGCCGCCUGGCGCCGACAGAACGAGAAUGGCGUCUAUGCCGAGCGGUGCUUCGUAUUGGAGAGGAACGAACAGGGGCAAAUGGCGUACCGCGAGGAAAUGAGCGUGGAAGGGCGGUCAACAACGCCAACACCUGAUCCACCGACGCCAACUAUGGCUACCGAGUACGACUGA